UUUCGGAGAAAGAGCCUAUACGGCUAGAGUCUCCUUAUGAACCCGGAUAGAAUAGAAGCACGUGAUUUUUAGUAGGUUUCGAACGAAGAAAGUAAUAGUUUUAACAAUGUGGAAAAAGACUUUCGCCAUCAUUUUAGUUUGUAUAACAAGUUGGAAAACAGCUUCUUAUGUUUAUAAUCUAAUUCGAUCUAAGAAGAAAAAGAAAGAUGUUUACACAAAAGUUCUUUUUUUCCCCGAUACCGAUGUCGAAUAUAGAAGUGUAUUCAGUAAUGGACGAAUUGUCAAGAGUAACAAUUUACGGGACGACAAUUCUUUAGGAUCUCUCGCUCUGCAUUUGCUUUCUGCAAAGAGAAGUAUAGACGUUUGUGUGUAUAUAAUUACCAGUCACUUUUUGGCUGAUGUUAUUGUAAAAUGUCACGAGAAAAGAGUGAAAGUAAGAGUUUUUACUGAUGAAGAUAACACGGGCGAAGAUAGGGAUUUGGUUCAUGCACAGAUUGGAAAGUUCCGUAGAAAAGGUAUACCAGUCAGGACACACAAUUCAAGUUUCCUAAUGCAUCACAAGUUUGCCAUCAUUGAUGAAAAGUUAGUAAUAACAGGAUCUCUGAAUUGGACAUUGAAAGCACUUACAGGUAAUCAUGAAAAUGUUUUGAUUACCAAUGAAGAAAAUGCUGUAAAAGCAUAUAUGAAUGAAUUUGAAAAAUUGUGGAAUACUAUUAAAAACUAAAAUUUUAUAAAUGUUUGGUAUUAUUGUAUAUACAAGUUUAAUGCAUUGUAAAUUUUAAAAUUUUU